AUGUCUGAGAAGUUUCCCCCUUUAGAAGAUCAAAACAUUGAUUUCACAUCCAACGAUAAAAAAGAAGACGACACCGAUUUUUUGAAAAGAGAAGCAGAGAUAGUUGGAGACGAGUUCAAGACUGAACAAGAUGAAGAUAUAUUGGAAAGGGACGCCUCCCCCGCCAAAGGUGAUGAUGAAAUUAAGGAUUUUGAAGAGCAAUUUCCAGAUAUUAACUCCACAAAUAGCGGAGUCUCGAACGAUCAAUAUGGUAGUGUACCUAGUAGUAAUGAUAAUGGCGAAGAAGAUGAUGAAUUCUCAAAAUUCGAGGGUGCACCCGUCAAUCAAAGUACAGAAUCUGUUAAUGAGGAUCGUUCUGAAGUUGUAGACCAAUGGAAACAACGUCGUGCUGUAGAGAUUCAUGAAAAGGAUUUGAAGGACGAGGAGUUAAAAAGGGAAUUGCAGGAUGAAGCUGUCAAACAUAUUGACAAUUUCUACGAUUCGUACAAUAAAAAGAAGGAACAGCAAUUGGAAGAUGCUGCUAAGGAGGCCGAGGCCUUCUCAAAGAAAAGAGAUGAAUUUUUUGGCCAAGACAAUACAACCUGGGAUCGUGCACUUCAAUUAAUUAAUCAAGACGAUGCGGAUAUCAUUGGAGGUAGAGACAGGUCAAAGUUCAAAGAAAUCCUAUUGAGAUUGAAAGGUAAUGCGAAGGCACCCGGUGCUUAA